UCCGCAGCGGCAGCUCCAGGGCUCAGCUUCUUUCAGCAGCAGCACCACUCGCCUCAAGCCGCGACCGCAGGAUUUGAUAUUCAAUGGCUGGAAAUCUAGAUAUCAAGUGGCCGAAAUGAAUGUGAACCCUAUCUUAGAGGAGAUUCUGAUUAAAAGAUCACAACAGAAGAAAAGGACUUCUCCCUUAAAUUACAAAGAAAGGCUUUUCGUGCUUACGGAAUCAAUGUUGACAUACUAUGAAGGUCGAGCAGAGAAAAAAUACAGAAAGGGAUCUGUUGAUAUUGCAAAAAUCAAGUGUGUUGAAAUUGUGAAGAACGAUGGUGCCAUUAUUCCCUGUCAAAAUAAAUAUCCAUUUCAGAUUGUAUAUGAUGCUAAUACACUUUACAUUUUUGCGCCCAGUGCACACAGCAGGGAUCAGUGGGUGAGGAAUCUUAAAGAAGAAAUAAAGAAAAAUAGUAAUAUAAUGGUAAAGUAUCAUCCUAAAUUCUGGACAGAAGGAAUUUAUCAAUGUUGCAGACAAACAGAAAAAUUAGCACCUGGCUGUGAAAAAUACAAUCUUUUUGAAAACAGCAUAAGGAAAUCACCUUCUCCAAUACCAGAUAAAAAUAAGCGAAGGCCUCCACCACCUGUUCCGCCAGCUGAGGAAGAUGAAGAUGAAGAUGAGGAAAUAGUAGUAGCAAUGUAUGAUUUUCAGCCCACAGAGUCUCAUGAUUUGAGACUAGAGAGAGGUGAAGAAUAUACAAUAAUUGAAAAAAAUGACAUUCAUUGGUGGAAAGCAAGAGAUAAAUAUGGAAGCACAGGAUAUAUUCCAAGCAACUAUGUAACAGGAAAGAAGUCCAACAACCUUGAUCAGUAUGAAUGGUAUUGCAGAAAUCUGAACAGAAGUAAGGCAGAACAACUUCUCAGAGAUGAGGAUAAAGAAGGUGGUUUUGUGGUGAGGGACUCUAGUCAGCCGGGUCUGUAUACGGUAUCCCUUUAUACAAAAUAUGGAGGAGAAGGUUCAUCAGGAAUAAGACACUACCAUAUAAAAGAAACAAUGACGUCACCAAAGCAGUACUAUCUAGCAGAAAAACAUCUUUUUGACACCAUUCCAGAGAUAAUCGAGUAUCAUAAACAUAAUGCAGCAGGUCUUGUUACACGGUUGCGAUACCCAGUGACGCCAAAGAAGAAGCCUGCACCAACUACUGCAGGGUUCAGCUAUGAGAAAUGGGAAAUUAAUCCAUCAGAGUUGACCUUCAUGAGAGAAUUGGGGAGUGGUCUCUUUGGAGUGGUGCGUCUUGGCAAAUGGAGGGCACAAUAUAAAGUGGCCAUCAAAGCAAUCCGAGAAGGUGCAAUGUAUGAGGAGGACUUCAUAGAAGAAGCUAAAGUAAUGAUGAAGCUAACCCAUCCUAAAUUAGUUCAGCUGUAUGGGGUCUGUACACAGCAAAAGCCUAUUUACAUAGUGACAGAGUUCAUGGAACAUGGGUGCCUUCUGAAUUACCUUCGACAAAAACGUGGACACUUUAAUAAAGAUACCCUGCUGACAAUGUGCCAGGAUGUAUGUGAAGGGAUGGAGUACUUGGAGAGAAACAGCUUUAUCCACAGAGAUCUGGCUGCCAGAAACUGUUUAGUGAAUGAGUCAGGAGUGGUGAAAGUGUCUGAUUUUGGAAUGACAAGGUACGUUCUUGAUGACCAGUACACAAGCUCUUCAGGUGCUAAAUUUCCUGUAAAGUGGUGUCCCCCAGAGGUUUUUAAUUAUAGCCGAUUCAGCAGCAAAUCAGAUGUCUGGUCAUUUGGUGUUCUAAUGUGGGAAGUAUUUACUGAGGGUAAAAUGCCCUUUGAGAAAAAUACAAAUUAUGAAGUGGUAACUAUGGUUAGCCAAGGACAGCGUCUGUAUCGGCCAAAAUUAGCUACCAAGAACGUAUAUGAAGUGAUGGUGAUGUGCUGGCAUGAGAAACCUGAGGGACGCCCUACAUUUGAAGAUUUGCUGCGUAUAAUUGAUGAGAUAGCGGAGAGUGAAGAUGCUUUCUGAAGAAGAGGAGCGGAGGCACAAGAAUUCUAUAGUACAGCAAAGAAUCAACAUUCAAGAGACAUGGCAUUAUUCUUUAAGAGCAUGAUCCUGCAAACUUCUGAGUGUUGCUGAAUGAAGUGUGGAGAGCCUAAGCAUUAACACUUAGCAUUUCCUCAGCAGUCAUGCGGAGAAAGUUCCACAUAAUAGAAAGAAACAUGCACAAUAUAUUCACCAACAUGGGCUGCGCGUGCCUGCAUUCGGAGAGGCUAGCCCCCUGCCACCUGCCCUUUUUGCCUGAGACCCUUCCCCCAUCCAAUGCCUCGCUCUCACCGACCAGUCUUCCAGCGUAGCCCUGAACCCUGGCUGGUGCCUGGAACAGCCCCGAGCCUGGGCUGGCCUGCUGGCACCCGGAGCAGUCUGGAGGAACCCUGAACCCUGGCUGGCUGGUCAGGGCCAAGCCCUGAGCCCGGGCCUCCCAGAGGAGCUCUGAGCCCUGCCACAGCCCAGUCCUGGGGCUGCAGCAGGGAGCAUUAGCAGAGGAUUGGGGCAGCUCAGCCUCCCCCAGCCUCCAUUACACACCGCCAAUGCCCUCUCUGAAGAGUUACCAUGGGGUUAGUGAAAAAUUGGGAUUGAUGCAUGGAGCAAAUUAUAGGAUAUGGCAAAAGUACAGACACUUAAGUGCAAACCAGUAAAUGCAAAUGAUGUAUAUAGUGUCCAUGUCUAUGAGUUUCAUUUACUCUUGCUGCCAGUUAGUAGUAGGAGCUGCUUGUAUACUUAAGAGCUUUGCUUAAAAACUAAACGCAAGGUCAUUUUGUGAGGGCCACCUACUCCCAUAGGAAUGCUUCUAGAGGUUCUUCUGAAAUAUUAUUUCUCACAGCCUGUUGAUUGAUGCUUUAUGCCAGUGAUGGGCAACCUGCGGGCCGCGCUGACUGCCACUUCCCACAGCUCCCAUUGGCCGGGA